ACAUUACUAUAUACCCUAUAAAUAAUGUUUAUUCGCGUUUAUAUUUCGUUUCAUGUCGAGCAUAGAAAAGUGAGGCACGUUCACAUCAUGUGUUUCCUGUAGCGACUAGACAUAUCUAUGGACAUGUGUGUAACAUAAACUUCAAUAGCAUCAGAAAAAAGAACAUAACAGUAUUAUAUAUAACCUCUUGAAAAUGCUCCUGUUUUGUCCAACUUGUGGGAAUGUGUUAAUCGUGGAAGAGGGACAGCGAUGCUUCAGAUUCGCGUGUAACACAUGUCCAUAUGUGCACAACAUCACGAGGAAGGUAAAUAACAGAAAGUACCCCAAACUGAAGGAGGUUGAUGAUGUUCUCGGGGGCUCUGCUGCUUGGGAAAACGUGGAUUCCACUCCAGAACCUUGUCCAAAAUGUGAGCACCCAAGGGCCUACUUUAUGCAGAUUCAAACUAGGUCUGCUGAUGAACCAAUGACAACCUUCUACAAGUGCUGCAAUCUACAGUGUGGGCAUCGCUGGAGAGACUAAACCAGAGAUCUCAGAUUUGAACUUUCUUUGAGGCUCAGAAUGUGGGCUCAUAAAAUAUUCUAUUUUAUAUUUAUUUGUUGGAGGCAAAACUGUGUCUUCAUGUAUUUGGAUUAAAAACCACAGACACCCUUUAUGCAUCAUUAACUACUUUAUUUUCACUUUUACAGAAUGUGUAUGUAUGUAUCAUAAUGACAGUAACAAUAUGAGCUCCGUUGGCCUGAUGACUGAUUUUGUGUGAGUGUGUGUGCGCAUGCAAGUAAUAAAAUGACUGCUCGUAUAUGA